AUGAUGUUUAGAUUUGCACAACAAGCUCAAGUCAUCAAGGGUAGACUACCCAAUCAGUUUGCUCAUGCUUCAGCCAGAAAUUCUUUUAACCAUUCAGUGCGGUUCAAUAGUGCAGUUACCCUCGAAAGACAGGACUCUUCAAAUGGGACUCCAGCGAACCCUCUGGCUCAAACUUCCAAUCAAGUAAAUGCGGCAGUCAAUAAAGUUCGUCAUUUGAGGAAUAAUAUAAAGACCAACGGUACGUCGUCCGGUCCGCUACAGCAUUCAUAUAACAACAAAAACAGAAACAUUCCUCAUUCAACUAUUUCUGUCGAUUCACCAUGGUAUCAUAAAGUUUGCGCUUUCGAAGAUUGUGUUUCUCAAACUCUAUACAUGUCACAGACACCGAGAAGAAAGAAUAUGAAGCAACAGUCAGAACAUCCGAAUUCAAAUGCAAAUCCAUUGUUUUGGGACUCUAUUGGAAGAGCAAUGGAUCUUUAUCACGAUCUUAUUAGCACACCAGAGCUGAAUUCGGACCGUGUAUCAAAACUAGUUCAUUUACUACACAAUGGUUUAAGAGCCAAUAGAAACCAAUUAACGAGAAUGAAUAAGAAGCCAGAUUACGAUUCUCAAAGUUUUCAUAAGGAAAUGACAAAUUAUCUGUGUAAAUCACUUAGAGAUAUCUCUGGAGAUGUCUUACAAGGUAAGGUGGAAUUGAAUGAAUAUGGUGCAAUGCAUUUAAUAACUGCCUUCAAAGAACUGCUACUAUUUGAGGAGGCGGUGGAUAUUUGGAAAGCUGCCAUGAAUGGUUCAAACCAAUAUACUUCUAAUAUUUUCUUAAAUCCAAGAGUUGUUGGUGUCAUAUUACCAAUUCUGUAUGAUAAUGGUGUUUCAUACCCAGAGAUUCAAACUCUAUAUGAAAAAUCAUCUUCAAUGAUAAACUAUUUCCAUCCAAAUUUAUCUGUUGGUAUGAUCAGAGCCUCUCUAUCUGCAGGAGAAAAUGAAAUGGCUUUAAAAUUAUUUCAACAAUUGUGUGAGGAAAGCACUGAAAUGAAAUAUGGUUAUUUAAUUGAAACUCACUUAUCGUUUAUCGGUGAAUGCAAGGAUUUGACCGUCGCGCAAACAUUUUUUGAUAAAGCCUUAAAUGAUGAGAUGCCAUACAAGAUUGAUUUACAAGUCUCGUACGUCAAAUCAUUUUUGAGAAAUAUAUGGAAGCAAACAUCAGAUUUCAACCGUGUUUACGAAAUCUGGUACAAAUCUUCUGUUCACUACGGUAAAGGAGUUAAUCAUGGGAUUUCUUCUUCUUUGAAUGAUACUUUCUUCGAUAUAUUUUUUGAAAACUAUGCUCAUGACAAAUUACAGGGCUUUCAAACUUUGCAAUCUCUGAUUCAGACCUAUAAUCAAAUAAAACCAAUUGAUGAACCGUUCUUCAACAUUAUUCUGGCUAAAUGCACUAUCUGGCGCGAUCGUAAAAUCAUCGAUUACAUCGACAAGAUUUAUGCAUUAUAUCAUAUUCCAAAGACUAUUGUUGCCUUCAGAAUUCUAUUAAAAUCAAUGGGCUCUGUUGACGACGCAAGUAAUGUUGAAAUUUUACAAAGAUGGAUCGACCUGGUUUCAAAAUCAGAUGAAAUUGGUCAAAGAUUUAUUGCAAACGCAGAUUGGGCAGCUUUGAGAGAUGCUACUGUUACAUGGACUCAAUAUAGUAGGGAGGAUCAACUCAACAAAGAAAGACAAUCAUCGAACUCAUCCAGUGGCUCACCAAAGAGCAGUGCAAGUACAGAGUUAUUUACUGCUUCAAACGGCGAUGUAGAUUAUUCUCAUCCAGCUUUACAAGCAGCUAAUGCGUCUGGUGCUUUUGAUGAUCAUUAUUCUAACAAUUAUCAAAGAGGGCAACAACAAGAAGAAAAUGCUUCAAAUAUCAAUCAGAGGAUGAUACUAUACUUAAAAAUUGUAAAGCGUUAUUCACCAUAUUGCCGUGAUUCGAGGCAGUUAGCAAGACUAACAACUGGUACUGCAGUAAAAUACUCUGUUCUACACGAAGCUUUAAGUGAAUUUCAAGAACUCGAUGUUACUGAUAUUCCUGUUCCUUAUUUUGGAAAUCUGAAACAAAACUGCAACUAA